GGUCAGUGCUGUCCGCUUCUGAUUGGAAGACUAUUUAUUACGGCAUGGCCCCAUGUGAUUGGCCCUUUCUAAUCCAAACUGGGGGAACUUGCCGGCAACGAGGCCACGCAAUCUCCGAUCCCCCACCACCACCGCCGCCGGCGCUCCUCCUCUGUCCGUGGUGUAGUCAGAGCUCAAAACUCCUCCUCCACUCUCACUCUUUUUAGGUUUCCCGUUUGAAUCGUCAAUUCCGACUCUCCGCCGUGUGUGGUUGCUGUUUGUGCUGUGAUUAUUAGAAGCCAUCAAUCAUGAUCGGUCGUCAGGAAACCAAGGCUAUCUACUCCCUACUCAACGGAGACCAUCGCUCCUUCGAUGAAAUCUUCGCCGAUUUCGACUCUAAGUUCCCUCCCACUCUCCACUUCAGGCUAUGCUGCUCUCUCUCCGUUCUCUUGGAGGCGAGUUCACCCUCCCUCUUCUCUCGCGCGGAGAACCGAACAAUGCUCAAGCCCGCUCAGCGUAUGAUUGCAUUUGCCAUUCUUCAUCAUGCAUAUUCUUCCCAAGAAGCUUCUGCUAACCCAUUUAUAUCACUUCUCAUAAAUGCUGCAUGUGAUGAUGAAGCUGAAAAAUAUGAAAGGGCAUUUAUUCUCCAGUUGUUAGGCUCUGCUAGUGUGGGCAAUAACAAAGAGGUUCUUAAACAGUCUGCUGCGGAUUAUGUGAAAGUUUUUGAUCCUUUAUCACAUGACCCACAUGCUUUCCCCCAACGUGAACAGUUGCAGCAGCAGUAUUGUGAGAAAGUCCUCCCAGAGCCAUAUAGUUGCUUGUUCAAGAAUGCUUAUGUGAAAAGUGUGGUCCCAGACCCAGAUGUACCUGCUGGCUGUAAUGCUAAUUCACCUGAGUUUGAGCUACCAUCUGGGACAAAAUCUAAAAUUGGUUCUGGAGACAGGGAUGAGACAAUACUUGGGUUGUUGCAGAAUAUGUCACUGGAAGGUCUAGGCCCUCGCUUGAUCCGGCCUCUUCCUCCAAGGCUACCAAUACAGGAUGGCGAGCUAGUGUGGCUCAACCCUGACAACAAUCAUGAGCUUUUAUGGGAUUAUGGUAUGUGUGCUGAUACUAGCAGAGGUGCAGCAGUUAGGGAUCUGAUCGCAAAAGCCUUGAAGGGACCACUUGCACCUGCACAACAAGAGCAAGUAUUAGUGGAGCUGGCAAAUGAUCCAAAGCUUGUUUAUCACUGUGGACUGACACCAAGAAAGCUUCCGGAACUGGUGGAAAACAAUCCACUCAUUGCUGUUGAAGUUCUGAUUAAGCUGAUGAAUUCACCUGAAAUUUCAAAAUACUUCACGGUCCUUGUUAGCAUGGAUAUGAGUCUACAUUCAAUGGAAGUGGUGAAUAGGCUUACAACAGCAGUUGAACUUCCUACCGAAUUUAUCCACAUGUACAUAACUAAUUGCAUCUCAUCCUGUGAGAACAUUAAGGAUAAGUACAUGCAGAACAGACUUGUGAGGCUUGUAUGUGUUUUCUUGCAAAGCUUAAUCCGAAAUAAAAUUAUCAAUGUGCAAGAUCUUUUCAUUGAAGUCCAAGCGUUUUGCAUCGAGUUCUCACGGAUUAGAGAAGCAGCUGGAUUAUUUAGACUUCUUAAGACCUUGUAAUAAUAGGUUUUUGCUGCAUUCAUGUUUGUCCUGAAUUUUGAUAAGCAAUUUUUCUUUUUCACCUUUGUGUUGGCCCCCAUUUUAAUCUUUGUAGAUAAGUGUCAUUGUUGCUUACAAUCUUAGGUAGAGCCUAUUAGUUUUCUUGGAAAAUUCUUUCCUCUUUCAUAUUUUGUUAGCAAAAUGAGCAGUGCCUGUACUAUUAUACUGUUCUGUAUCACAUAUGUUGAUGUAGCCAUGUUAUGCUCUUCGAGCUACUGGCAUUAUACU